UCCCACCGGGGCUGGCUUGCAGGACGGCAGUGCGAGGGUGACUGGGUGAAGAACUCAGAGAUGGAUGGUGAGAUAGUCCAUUUCUUCAAGGACAACGAGUUUGUCUCCUUGCACACCAGAGGGAUGGAUCCUGUGGCAGUGACUCCUGCUCCCUGCAAGUUGUGCAAACCUAUUCAGGCUGCCAUGAUAGUCACAGCUGUGAUCAUAGUGUCCUCUCUUGUGGCUCUCUUUGUUGUGGGUCACUACCACUGUAGUGGGCUACAAGAGUUUCCAGAGGCUAUCCAGAUAUUUAAAAGCCACAUUGACAAUUCUAGCACCUGGCUUGAGGAGAUCCAGAAUUUGAAGCGCAGAGUGGACAGUAUCAGUGCUCAGAUCCAGGGUCCCAUGGGUCAUCUGGGAGAUACCAGAGCUGACAUCCAGGUGGCCAAAGGUGCUCUGCAGGAGGCCAGGGCCUUGAGUUGGCAGACCCAACAGCUAGGAAGUUCCUUGGAGCGAGCCAGUGCUGAGAUCCAGCAGCUAAAGGAAGACAUGGGAAAGAUGCAGGAUUUAGCCUUCCAGACCCACGGUAUCUUACAAAACCCCUCAGAAAAAACCAGCGUUGAGCUCCACAAGCUAAGCCAAGGCUUGGAAAGUGUGAGCUCUGAGGUUCAAAUGUUGAAGGCAGGUUUGGAAAUGGCAAACACCCAGGCCAGGUUGGCGAACAGUAGUUUAAAGAAUGCAAAUUCUGAGAUAUAUGCUUUGAGAGGUCACCUGGAUAGUUUCAAUGACUUAAGGACCCAGAACCAGGUUUUAAGAAGUGGCCUGGAAGGAGCCCAGGCUGAGAUCCAGAAGCUGGGAAGAAAUUUGCAAAGUGCAAAUGCUCUGAAUUCCCAGACCGAGGCCCUUCUCCGAGGCAGUUUAGAUAACACUAGUGCUGAGAUCCUGGUACUGAGAGGUCAUUUGGAAAGAACUGGGGAUGAGAUGCACCUGUUCAAAAGAGAUUUAGAAACUGUCACUGCCCAGACCCAACUAGCAAAUGGCCAUCUGGAGCAGACAGAUGCACAGAUCCAGAUGUUAAAAGCAGAACUAGGAAAUGCCAGUGCCUUAAACUCUCAGGUUCAGCUAUUACAGGGUCAGUUGAAAAAUGUCAGUGGAGAGGUACAGACCCUAAAGCAAGAAGCGAAAGAUACCGCGGCCUUAAGUUCUCAGAUGCAGAUGUUAGGGAGCAGUCUUCAGAAGGCCAGCACUGAGAUGCAGAGGCUAAAAGAGAAUUUGGAGAACAACAAAACGGAGGAGCAGAGUCAACUGGAGACCCUCCGUGAAGCCAUUGCUUCCCAGGAGCAGCUGCAAAGGACCCAAAAUCAACUUCUCCAGCUGAUCCUACAAGGCUGGAAGAUAUUUGCGGGCAACUUAUAUUACUUUUCUAACAUCAAGAAGCCUUGGCAUGAAGCUGAGAAGUUCUGCGUGUCCCAGGGGGCCCACCUGACAUCAGUCACCUCUGAGGAGGAGCAGGCAUUCCUGGUACGGUUUACAAGCACCUUAUACCACUGGAUUGGCCUCACUGAUGCGGGUACUGAGGGCUCCUGGAGUUGGACAGAUGGGUCACCCUUUAAUACUGUCACGAGCAAAAAGUUUUGGGACAAGAAUCAGCCAGACAACUGGCAACAUCAGAGCGGGGAGACUGAAGACUGUGUCCAUAUUCAGAAGAAGUGGAAUGACAUAUCCUGCAGCGCCGCCUAUCACUGGGUCUGCAAGAAGGCCACAGGCCAGGCGGUGGCCUGACGCAGGCCAGAGCUGUGGGGCCCUCCCAGCCGCAGCGCUGCAUCCUCUUCCCUUACACUGGGCUCUGCCUGUCCUCUUUGGCUUCGCAUGGCUUUUACCCCUUCCCCCUUUUCAUUUGUCCCUUUCAAACACACACACCAACUGUGAGCCAGUCUGAUCAGCAGCUCCGCCAGGGAAGAGCCUGACUGUGCCUGUUUUUUCUUUUUUCAUCAACCAGCACAAGCCCAUGAGACAGCAGGUCCUCAAUAAAGCCUCACUUCAUGAACAUAA